AUGAGAUUUCCUCCCCCUGAGGUCAUAGCGACAUGGCCAGAGCCAAACUAUGUCGACCCAGAACGAAGAGGGCUGGAGAAUAUGAUUAUUCAGAUCGUCCUUAUUAUAUUGGUUACCAUCUUUGUUGCUGCUCGUCUCUAUGCAAGGUUAGCUAUUACCAAGGCUGGUCUAGGCUGGGAUGAUGCGACUAUUAUUGGUGCCUGGAUGUUCGCAGUAGGUCUUACUGUUGGAGUCGUGCUUGCUAUGCAAAAUUAUGGAUGGGAUGUACAUAUCUGGGAUCUCCCUCCUCGCAACCAAGUUAUUAGCCGGAAGGUUAGCUGGAUGUGCUUAUUGUUUUACGGGAUAUCCAAUUGUCUUACAAAAGCGUCUAUCCUUAUAUUCUACCUGCGAAUCCUUGUCGAGAAAUUUGACAAGCUCGUCACUAAAAUUACUCUGAUCGUGGUGGUGGUCUUUUUAACGGUUGCUAUUUUUGUUCUAUUCUUUGAAUGCCGGCCAUUUGGCUACUACUGGCAAAUCCUAGUACCAGGUGCGAAGGGCUCUUGUAUUGACGAAGGUUCCUCUAUGGUCACCAUUAGCGUCAUAACCCUCGUCCUGGACGUUACUAUCUUUGUUAUACCGUUCCGUUCACUCGCACGCCUAAAGAUCCGCAUGUCCCAGAAGCUCCAGGUCCUUGCGCUCUUCUCCGCCGGCCUUCUUGUUAUUGCCGCCUGCUCCGUACGCGUCUACUACAGUGACAUGGUCUAUUUUAAGACCUAUGACGUGACAUGGCAUGGCUAUACUGCCUGGCUAUGGACAGCCGUUGAGGUGCAUGUGUCUAUUAUCUGUGCAUGUGUACCGAGUUGCCGUGCUUUUAUCUCUAGCUGGAAUCGCAGCUCAAGCCAGACGGGCAGAACUUCGAUAUAUCCAGGUCGUACCAAGAGGAAUUAUGGCCAUAUUGAUGGGGAUGCGGGGGCAUCGACUAUGGGAGUCCCUAAGGAGGGAAUUUAUUCAAAUGUCACGAUUGGAGGUAGAAAGAUCGAUCAUAUAAAGGGCGGGGCUACGGUGCAGAUGGAAGUGUUACAGUAUAAGGAGGGUAGAUCCGAAGGUUAA